CCACACAGUCAUCCACAGUCAUGGAGGCGAAGAGUGAACUGUUGCUGGGGCUGCUUGUUGUAUUUGGGAUUGCAGUGACUGCACAAGAUGUUGCCAGUCAGACCCAACGGCCUUCAUUUUGUGGCACCAAUGACUGUCCCAGCUACCAGCUGCUGAAAAAGUAUGAGAACUUUGAACAUCGGCAUUAUGAAGAAACCCGCUGGGUGGUGACCCCACUAGUACAAGAUGUAUUUGGCAUAGAGAUGAUGAAAAGCUUCAGACGCCUGUUUAAAUAUAUCACAGGAAUGAAUUCAGAAGGACAGACCAUUAAUAUGACUGUACCUGUGGCAAUUGAUGUUCCAUUAGAAUCAUCAUCUGUUAGUUCCACAAUGUCCUUCUUUGUACCACAUGAAGUAGAAAAUCCUCCAACACCUACAGACCCUGAAAUUCACCUUAAGAAAUCUCCUGAAUUUUCUGCAUAUGUGAGGCAAUUUGGAGGAUAUGCCUUAGGCUUUAUGUAUGAAAAGCACGCUAAAGCCCUAGCAGAAGACCUGAAGGCCCUUGGUUUGCAGUUUGAUGAGACAUACUACGUACGCGCCGGCUACAAUGAUCCAUUUACAUUAUUUAACCGUCACAAUGAAGUGUGGUACAUUGCAAAAUAAACCUACCUAGCAGUGGAGAAUUACUUAGCCCUCUACUGCUUUUGUCUUAGCCCUAUUGGGGUCCCCAUGCCUUCUAUAUUAACAAAAAGAUGCAAUCUAUCAAGAUUAUACCAAAUAGCUCCUGGAAGAACACCAUAAUAUCUCUAGCAUUGUCUUGUGUAUGAAGUAACAUUCUCUUAAAGGGGUGCUCCGCUGCUCAGCGUUUGGAACAAAUUGUUCCAAACGCUGGAGCCAGCGCCGGGAGCUUGUGACAUCAUAGCUCCACCCCCUCAUGACAUCAUGACCCGCCCCCUCAAUGCAAGUCUAUGGAUAGACUUGCAUUGAGGAGGCGGGGCUAUGACGUCAUGAGCUCCUGGCGCCGUUUGUUCCAAACGCUGAGCAGCGGAGCACCCCUUUUAAGUGCACUUGUGGUAACUGGAUGUGAUGAGGCCAGAAGCAAUUAACCCCUUGUAUUCAUGACGCCAGGGCAUGGUUUAUCCUCGAUACCACCCAAAGGUAUACUGCUAGGCAUUGGGGCAAUAAUGACUCCGAUGCCAAGUUAAGGAUAACAGUAGCUUUACUGAGGGUAGACAGAUGGUAAAGUCUAUACAGUUCAGCCAGGGCCCAAGGAGGUGAUCAGUGACUCAGACCUUAAGGGCUUCCUGGGACUUGUAGUAGAUAUGGUCAAAUUUAAUGCAGGCUAUGUUGACUUGACAAAUGAUGACUGACAAUACUGAGACUGUGGUUACUUAUAGCUGUUUGUGGCUGCAGACUGGACUUGAGGCCUCCUAUGACUCUGGACACUCUCUAGGACUCGACUUGACCUCAGCAAAGACUUGUAAGGAAAGAGAGCUAGCUAACUCCACCCAGGGGGAGACUAGCAGGGAGCCCAUAGGUCACCCCUGGGAUCACCUGGUCACUGGUACCUUCUCGGUAACAAUCACAUGACAAUUCACAUAGUAAACAGCCUUAAAGUGACAACGCUUACUGGGCCACCACACACUUUUCUGUAACUAAAUGAUUUUGUAACAUUAAAAUACUAUUUGUAGA